AUGUCGGACGAUACCCAACACCCCAGGUUCAUGGGGCUUACAGGCCGGCCACUGAGCACGGCUGUGUCAGUGGUUGCUACAACCGGAUUCCUUCUCUUUGGCUAUGACCAGGGCGUCAUGUCGGGGAUCAUAUCCGCCGAGCCUUUCAACGCAUACUUUCCCGAGAUUCUUUACAACUCGACAUGGCAAGGCUUCGUGACUGCCAUCUAUGAGAUCGGUUGUCUUACCGGUGCCAUUGCGAUGCUGUUGUAUGGGGAUACUCUUGGUCGUCGACGAGCCAUCAUGAUUGGUGCGGUCAUCAUGAUCAUUGGAACAAUCAUCCAGAUCACACCCAUCAAGGGCUACCAUGCGGGCGCGCAGUUCAUCUUGGGAAGAACCAUAACCGGGGUUGGUAACGGAAUGAAUACAGCCACGAUCCCAACCUACCAAGCCGAAUGUUCCAAGACGUCAAAUCGAGGGCUUUUGAUUUGCAUCGAAGGCGGCGUCAUCGCUUUCGGGACUUUGAUCGCCUACUGGACGGAUUACGGCUGCUCCUUUGGCCCUGAUCAACUCUCGUGGCGCUUUCCCAUCGCUUUCCAGAUAAGCUUUGCACUUGUGAUUCUGUUUGGCCCAAUGUUCCUACCUGAGUCACCUCGCUGGCUGUUGAGUAAAGAUCGCCAUGAAGAUGCAAUCAAGGUCAUUGCAGCACUGCGUGGAUACAGCAUUGACUCAGAUGAGACUCGCCUUGAGGCGCACAUUAUCAUGGACUCGCUCCGGGCUUCUGGUCACAAGGGCGGCAACACGCCGUUCAGCGCUCUAUUCACCAAUGGCAAGACCCAGCAUUUCCGGAGAAUGAUGCUUGGGGCAUCGUCUCAAUUGAUGCAACAGAUCGGCGGCUGUAACGCCGUCAUUUACUACUUCCCAAUCCUGUUCGAGACAUCCAUUGGACAGACUCACGAGAUGUCCAUGCUACUGGGUGGGAUUAACAUGAUUGUCUAUUCUAUAUUUGCAACCACAUCCUGGUUUAUCAUUGAGCGUGUGGGUCGCCGCAAUCUCUUCCUGAUUGGUACCGUUGGGCAGGGCUUGUCGAUGGUUCUCGUAUUUGGUGCCCUUAUCCCGGGUAAUGCGCAAGCUGCUAAAGGCGCAGCUGUUGGUCUGUUCACAUACAUCGCUUUCUUCGGCGCGACCUGGCUGCCUCUCCCCUGGUUGUAUCCAGCCGAAGUCAACCCCAUCAAGACACGCGGCAAAGCGAACGCUGUGUCUACAUGCACCAACUGGCUAUUCAAUUUUCUGAUCGUCAUGAUUACGCCAAUAAUGAUAACAAAUAUCGGCUGGGGCACGUAUCUAUUCUUUGCCGUGGUCAAUGCGUGUUUCCUACCAUUCAUCUACAUCUAUUACCCAGAGACGGCCAGACGUUCGCUCGAAGAGAUCGACUUGAUCUUUGCGAAGGGUCAUAUCGAAGGUAUGAACUAUGUCAAGGCUGCGAGAGAGUUGCCCCAUUUGGACGAGCACGGUAUUGAGCAGAUGCAACGCCAGUACGGCUUCUUCGACGAGCUCGAUUCCGGGAUGGAAAUUCUGAGCGAGAAACACGGCCACGGCUUGACCUCAGAAGCGGUCACACCGUGA